GAUGAGGGCUUCACGGAGGAGCAGGCGGUGGCCAUGAUGAAGGUUUUGAGCGAUGUGAUAGAAGAGAGCAUCCAGAACCUGACGCGCACCAUGGUGCUCCGCGAAGACCAAGAGGCGGCGACAUACACGCAGAAAGUCGACUUUGCGAAGCUGCGCUCGGAGCUUUUGACGGCCGACAGCACCGAGACGUCGCUGACGCGGGCAUCGCACGAACGCUUAACCAACGAGAUCGCCAAGUUGAACUCGCGCCUGCGCGACGAGAUUCAGCGCACCCAGGCCAGCGUGCGCCUCGAUCUGAACCUCGAGAAAGGCCGCAUCAGGGAGGAGGCCAACGUGCAGGAGCUGAAGAUCAAGGAGACGGAUACGAGGAUUGAGCAGGAGACGGCGGUGCUGAGGGAGAAACUCGAGGCCGUCAAGUUCACGACGCUGCAGUGGUUGAUGGGUGUUUGCACGGGUACGGCGGCACUGAUUCUUGGUGCCUGGAGACUUCUUAUGUAAAGAGGACAUGGUUUAGGGAGUCGCAUGGUAUAGGUGACCGGGCCGCAUAGAAUACCAGGGACGAGCAGCAGGGCACACCGAGCACAGCAGGCACAGGCGCACAGCAACAGGGCGCCCCCGGGCAGCGAGCGAGAGCACGGCACGGCGUGGGAAACGCGCAACGGCCAAUGCUUCGGACCGCUCCAAGGAGUCCUGGGGGACGGGGGGGGGAUUGGAUAUGGAGAGAUACAUGCAUGCA